AUGAACGACUUUUACUCGGCCUCUGCUUCUGCCGAGGCCUACCGCAACCCGCUCUACCGCCCCAGUCACUCGCGCAGCAGAAGCUCCCAUAGUCGCACCUCGCAGCACUCGCCCGUCGAAGACAUGUCCAUGCCCUAUCAUGACAGCUCGAUGCGCCUGCAACCCCUCGACUUUUCACAACCAAAGCCAAACAACCCGUACCAGGAUACGCAGAUGGCACAGCCCUCCUUCAACCCUUCUGCUAACAACCUGUCUCCUUCCAUUUCGUCCUAUCAUGAGCAUACCACGCCUGAGACCCUUCUUUCAGAUCCCGUCUACACCGACAUCAGCCAGUAUACGACCCCGGGCUUCGACGACGAGCUUCUCGAGGCCCAGGUGAACAUGGAGUUUCUUUCCGUUGGUGCCAUGAACACCUUCAACGCCAGCUUUCCCGACAGCUCCGUGGCCUCCCGGAAUUCGUCCGGGCCCAGCAGCGUCAAUGCUUCCAACAACAACCUCCUGGCUCCUACUUUCUCCGCAAGUUACGGGGGGGCUACACAUCUGGUGUCGCCGAGUCUAACGACCCACUCAAGCCCAGGCUCUAGCAACGAAUGUUUGGCAAAUCCAUCACUUGUUUCAGCACCAGCCCUCAAUGGUAACGCCGCUCCAAGGUCGCUGACGCCUGGUAUGGACGACCACUCGCACGGCAUGCCGAUACCACAGCAGCAACAAAGCCCGGCGCUAACGCCAAGUCCAGGUGGCGGCUACCUUGACGUCCCUCAGGACCGCUCGACAAACUUCCCAAGCCCUGUUGUCCGAAUCGAGAACUUUAGCAGAGACGAAUCACCAGCUCGCACCGACCUCGACCGUAGUCUCGGUAACAAGCGAUCCGGCAACCAUCUGUCCCCGCAUGACUUGGUAGAGUCAGAUGAUGACGAGUCUGGGCAGUCGUUCGUGCGGGAGGUUCCGAUCCGGACGGUGCAGGUCCCGGCACCGUUACGUGACGAGGAUGGCUCAUGGAUCCGCAAUUCCAGCUCUGGACAGGCUGGACUACACCCCGAUGUGCGGAAGGACAUCCAGGAUCAAUAUGUUCCUACCCUGAAGGAACAGGAAGACCAGCGUCUGAUGGAAGAGAGAAACCACGAUGUCGCCGAAUGGCUCACCAAGAGUGAAGUAGGGAGCGAAGCCGGCGGGCCCGAGAGCCGACCGCGCCGCAAGAAGCAAUCAGCAGCCGGACGCCGGAGGGCACGUAGCACAAACGAUAUUUUAUCUCGCUCAAAGGAAGGGUUGGGUGUCCAGUUUCCUCCAUUCAAUAUUCCCGGACCAGGCCUGCCUCUCAACGUCGAAUCGGAAGAUGAAGAUCUUGGAGCUUCCGAAGAAGAUGACACCAGUGACGGCCCAGAUUCCCCACCGGCUCAAGUUGACAUCGAGCAUGAUGGGGAUCAAGGCUCCUAUUUCCCGCAGAUGCCGCCCACCAUGGAAGACGAAAACCUCCCGCCGCAUAUCCGCCCAUGGCGUGAUGCUCCACGUCGUUCGGAGCCGUCUGAGAUGAAAUACCAACCAGAAACGUCCAACGCCGCCAUGAUGAAGUUCCAUCAGCGUGCUAGAGACCUGGAGACUGCCUCGCUGGCAGUGACCGUUGGCUCGCAGCGUCGCAGAAGCGAAUCAGAGAUCGGCAGUGUACGUCAAGCUGCCGGGAUUUCGAAGGCCAUCACGACGACCACCGAGGCGGGCAAGCCUAAAGAAAAGACACGUUCAAGGAAAGGGAGCCUAUUGGAUAAUCUAAAACGUCAUCCCAGCAAUAUCCUCAAACGCAAGGGCAGCCAUCCAAGCCAUCCUUCGCAACAGGGGGCAGCUGCCCCUUCACCACCAGCGCUGUCGCUCGAGACCUCGGUCAACGUCCCACCCGAGCGCACAAGCAGCUGGGGCCGGUCAAAGUCCCCAAAGCCCGACAGCAGCCCCACCGCCCUCUUUAAAGAUCACGGAAGCCUCGCACCGUUUACAUAUGCGAAGAAUCGCAUACGCAGAAGUAGGAGCCGGAGUGAUAUCGGCAGUAAAACGCCAGGUCUGUCGGAGCUCAUGCGCACACAUGGUGGUCCACCGACAUUGUCCUUGGUGACACCAGCGAACACUUCCGAUGCUCAGAACCCUGGCUUUCGUGGUGCAGAGGGAAGUGGUGAUGAGGACGAUGGCGAUUUUGACGAAGUUGGCGGAGUCACUAUGGACCUCAAGGUCAGGUCAGACCCCAUCAUACCUACGAUUGAAGGAUUCCGUUCACACGCACGCCUGCUCAACCCACGGGUUGAUGAAUACAUGGUCGAACGGAUAGCCCAAGAGCAGCACCGGCGGUACAAGAAGUUGCUCGAUCUUAAGGUCAAACACCUUAAAGCGGUCAAAGAGAAGAGCUGUGGGUCGAAGGGCUUCUGUGCCGAUCUAGGAGGCCAUCCCAAGAUCCUUCCUCCGCCUGUGAAUAAGAAGGAUGGCGAAGCUCCCUUUGCUGGCUUCCAGAUCGUCGUCUCCUCCGAAGACGAGAUCGAUGCGUCCGAGGAAGGCACCAUCAUACCGAAGCCUCUCCCCCCCGGUUUCCCCAUUCCGCCUGUCAGGCGCAUGCCAGCCGAGUUCGAAUGUCCGCUCUGUUUCAAGGUUAAGAAAUUCUUCAAGCCCUCAGAUUGGACCAAACAUGUGUACGAAGAUCUCCAGCCGUUCACGUGCACGUUUCCGAACUGCGGCGAGCCCAUGUCGUUCAAGCGGAAAGCUGAUUGGGUUCGACAUGAGGACGAAAGGCACCGUCAGCUCAAGAGAUGGAUUUGCGAACGGCAGGGCUGCGGGCAUGUGUGCUACCGCAAGGACAACUUUGUGCAGCACCUUGUACGUGAACACAAGGUACCAGAACCAAAGGCCAGGGUCGGGCGGGCGGCAAAUGCACCAAGCAGUGUGCAAAUCGACGUGGGCGCCUGGAAGACAGGGGGGGAUGUCUUCGGAGGUGCCGGCGACAUGUCAGACAAGAUUUGGGCUUUGGUCGAGGCGUGCCGGCAGGACACGCCCAAGCAACCGAGCCAGGAGCCGUGCCGCUUCUGCGGCAACAUCUGUCCGACGUGGAAGAAACUGACGGUGCAUUUGGCAAAGCACCUGGAGCAGAUCAGCCUGCCGAUCCUGCCGUUGGUGGAGAACAAGCAACUUUCGGCGGACAGCGUCAUCAGCCCCGUGGAGAGGCGUCGGCCAAGGGCGGCUUCGUCUGCGGCUGAGAACGGGAAGCAGGAGAGCAGUGCCAACUCGAGUUACUCGAGCUACAACCAGGACGGGCCGCCGGCGAACGUCAUGCACACAUAUCCGCCGCCGCAGUUCCAGCAUUACGGACCUCAGGCUCCGGCAGCAGUGCCGUUCGGGGGCGACGUCGCAUCGAGCUUCACGGUGCGGUCAUACCCGCUGCCGGCGACGGCUCACGGCAUGCGGCUCAACCCCAACCAGUACGGCUACCCGCCGUCGAUCACGCCAAUCACGGACAUCGCAGCGGCCGGGCAGGUGUUCCAUUCGCCGGUCGAGGCCGGGCCGUUCGGCAGCGAGCUGCCGACGAACCUCUAUGCUUACAACGGGCCGAUGGGGUCGGACUUCGCAACAAUGGCGGGACAGGUGCAGGGCGAGCAGGUGAAUGGCGGGCAGUACCAGCAGCUACCUUCUUCAUACCCUAGGCAACGGCAGGGCUUUCCAGAUUACGAAUAUUGA